GAUAUGAUCAACUUCCCUUCAUUGAAAAAGAUUGUAGGAACUAUAUAGAUAAAGUGAGACAACUUGGGUUAGGUAGUGGCGAUGCAAUUGCCAUUCAAGGGUUCUUUGCUAAAAUGCAAGAUCAAUGUCCCGGAUUUUUCUUUGCACUUGACUUAGAUGACGAGUCAAGAUUGCGUAAUGUAUUUUGGGCCGACAAUAGGUCUAGAUAUGCGUACAAAGAAUUUGGAGAUGUCAUACCAUUUGACACGACCUAUCUUACGAAUAGGUAUGACAUGCCUUUUGCACCAUUUGUCGGGGUAAACCAUCACGGGCAAUCAUUGCUAAUGGGAUGUGGCUUGGUCUCUAAUGAAGACACACAAACCUUUGUGUGGUUGUUUAAAGCAUGGCUUGAAUGUAUGGAUGGAAUCGCUCCAAUAGGGAUUAUUACCGACCAAGACCGUGCCAUGCAAAACGCCAUUGCAAUUGUUUUCCCAAAUUUGAAACACCGAUGAUGUUUAUGGCACAUAAUGAAAAUGGUACCCGAAAAACUCGGAGGGAAUGCACAAAAAGAUGAAAUAUUGGAUGUUAUGCAUGACUCCAUUUAUGAUUCACACUACAUGCAAGAGUUUGAGGAAAAAUGGCUUCACAUGAUUCAAAGGUUUUCACUUGAAGAGCAUGAUUGGCUUGGAGUGAUGUACAAUGAAAGAAAGCGGCGGGUACCAUGUUAUUUAAAGCCAACAUUUUGGGCCGGCAUGUCCACAACUCAAAGAAGUGAGAGCAUCAACGCUUUUUUCGAUAAGUUUGUCAAUUCCAAAACCACUCUAAAACAAUUUGUUGAACAAUACAGAUGUGCUUUGCGUGAUAAGGUGGAAAAAGAAUUUCAAGCGGAUAUUAACUCAUUUACCAAUCUGAUUCCAUGUGUGACUAGAUAUCCAAUGGAAAAACAAGUGCAACAAAUUUAUACCCUUUCUAAGUUUGCGGAGUUUCAAAGGGAAUUAUUUGAAGGAAAGCUUUAUUGUGAUAUCCUUUUAUGUGAAGACGGUAGAAAAUACACAGUGCAAGAGCAUAUGGAUAUUAAUGGAUUUAAGAAGAAUGUGAACUUCUAUAUUGACUUUGACCCAAUUACUUGUUUUGGAAUAUGUAGUUGUCAUUUGUUUGAUUUUAGGGGAAUGAUAUGUAGACACUUGCUUGUGGUCUUUAAUUGGCUUGAUAUACACCACUUGCCCGAGGUGUACCUAAUGAGCAGAUAGAGGAAAGACAUGAAAAGAGCGUACCAACGAGUCAAAAUCAAUUACGACUGGUGGAUUACAACGGUUGAACAACAACGCUUUGACAAGUUAUGUAAGACAUUUGAGUCUGUUGCCAACAUGAUUGUGGAUGAUGAGGAGAAAUACAAUGAAGUCCUCCUUUGGUUGGAAACCCAGUUGACCACAUAUACUCCUCCAGUUAGCCAUUUUUCUGUUGUUGGCAACAUGACACCACUUGAAGACCCAACAACAACUAUUCGUGCCGAGGUCCCACUUCCACCUAUUGGAGAUCCAAAAUGUACGAAGCGCAAGGGAGCUCCAAGGAAAAACAGGGCGAAGGGUCCACUAGAAAAGGGGAAGAAGAAAGGAAGGCCUAAGAAGGAUAAUGCACCAGCCACAACCACAACAAUCCAACAUGGUAAUGGUGAAGGCCCUAGCAAUGCUGCAGCUAAUGGGCCACUCCUGUACUUGUACUGUACUGGUGUAGAUUUAAAUCUAUCUUUGAUGUGAAUAUAUGUACUAUGAUGUACUGUUUUUUUUGUUGAAUCAUCACUGACACUGUUUUUAGUCAUAGACAAUACUAUGUCCUCACAGUCAGAUCGGUGUUCUGUUACAAACAAGAAUUUUUACUCAUAGACACAAUAAUUUGGAGGGGGG